AGUCCGCGGCGUCGGCGCGUGGAGGGGACGCGAGAAGAGCUUAGUGGAGUGAAUACAAGGGCGCGCCGUGUGGUCCGCUCACAGUGCACGCGGACACCAGACAUACAACAUGACGCGAACCGCGCUGCUGCUUGGCCCGCUACUGUGUCUGCUCUGGGGAAGUCGUGCGGCGCCAGGGGAGCUGCGCCCCGCCCCAGAACUGGAGCCCCCCGCACAGGGCGGCACCGGACUCGAGCGCUCCGUCCGCGCGAGCGCCUCCGCUUCCUGGCUCAACCUCAUUGCAGAGUACGCGGACCGCUCGGAGAGUGACUCCGCCGAGGACGACGACUGGUUCCCGAAGCCAAUCCCCAUCACUAUCCCUCUGGGUCGCAAGAAGUCGAUGCCGCUGCUGGUGCUGCCGAUACCGGUCCCCGCCUCCUCUUCCAAAGGUUGCGCCGCUGAUGUGAGAGAGUCGAGCAGCGCAAGGCCGCCGUGGAGCCGACCGCUGGAGGGGUCCAGUGCCGAGCUGGACGAGCAGCUGCGGAGCGACGUCGCCGAGCCCCGCCCGCAUGCGCCCCCCGCCCUCCCGCACAGGGCGACCCCCUCCCCCGGGAGCCGCGCGCCUCAGGAAGACCAGCACGUGGACGUGCCGCGCAUACACAACAUCGGUUCCUCACAAGAGCUCGUGAAGCUGUUCCACGAUCAGAAGCCGGACAAUCCUAAUCUACCGCCUCUGCUGCUACCCGAAUACGACAAGGAGGAGGCGACAGACGAACAGAGUGUAUCCGGAAGCGAGGAGCAGCGCAGCCGGGGACGCGGGGCGCCGGCGCCGGACGUCGCGCAGCCCGCGCGGCCACGCUUCGACCGCUCCAUGCUGAUGCGGGGGACGCUCACCGUGCCGCGCUCCGACUACACAGAGACCUUCACCGUCUGGUGGGACGGCUCGAGCGGUGCAGCCCGAGUAGACUUCUUCGACGGUGCCACGUCCACGUACCGCGUCGUCCUCCCCGACGGACACGUCCAGGGCGUCGAGAUGCACGUGGACCGCACCGAGGAGUUCGACGUGCUGCGCUGCGUGCAGACGGCCCCCCGCCGCGCCGCGCCCCCGGACCGCGCCCCGCCCGCCCUCCCCGACCUCGACCUCUUCUCCUUUGGCGGCUACACCGAGACGCCGCAAGGCAGGGCCGAGCGGUGGAAGCUGACUGCGGCGGGGCGCGGGGGCGAGCUGGGCGGCGUGCGGGGGGAGGCGCUCACCUUCCGACACGAGCUGCUCCUGGUCCGCGCGCCAGACAACUACACCGCCGUACCGCUGCAGUACACAGUGUCUGUGGACAGCUCGGUGCUAGGCUACAACGUGGAGGGCUACGAGUUCCGCUACCAGGAGCUCCGCUACGAGACUCCGGACCCCGCCCUCCUCCAGCCCAACACAGCGGACGUGUGCGAGGAGCUGUCGCAGACAGACAAGAUCGAAGUGGUGGAGCCGCUUCGGGAGUACACCAUGCCCUACAGGGACCCGCGCUACGACGCCGAGUUGAUACGAUUCAAGACCAAGUUUUAUAGACAGUACUCGGACGAUGUUGAAGAAGCUUUGCGUAAGACUCUGCUGAUCGGAGCGAGUCGCUUCAUAUCGGCCGCGAACCGGCAGAGCGGUCCCUCUUUGCUGGAGGUGAACUUUCUCGCGGACAGGCUAGAGGCCGAGCAGCGCCUGCUACUGGGGGCCGGCGAGGCUCCAGGUCCGUCCUCUGCAGAGGCGGCUCCAACCUCCCAACGACGCGCUCGUCGCGACGCGGAGCGCCUACCAAGAAACUUCGACUGGCGCAGGCACGGAGCCGUCACACCCGUUAGAUUCCAAGGCUCGUGCAGCUCGUGCUGGGCCUUCGCGGUGGUGGGCGCCGUGGAGGGCGCGCUGUUCCUGCGCACCUCCCGCCUCGUGCCCCUCAGCGAACAGGAUCUCAUCGACUGCGCUCACCCGUACGGCGGACACGGGUGCUCGGGCACGUGGCCGCGCGCAGCUUACGACUACAUCCAGGACCAGGGGUUGCGGGCCCUGGACGAGUAUCUACCCUACGAAGCAAAGGUGCUGCAGUGCGCGGCGCGGCAGACGCGGCCGGUGACGCACAUCAGUGGGCACGUGAACGUGACGCGGCACAGCGAGCUCGCGCUCAAGGCGGCCAUCAGACGGAACGGACCCAACGUCGUGCUCGUCGACGGACAGUCCAAGGGGUUCAUAUACCACAAGAAAGGCGUCCUGUACGACAACCGAUGCAAAAAGCGGUCACGCAACCAUGCCGUACUCGCUGUAGGAUGGGGAGAACGUCGUGGAGAGUCCUUUUUCGUGGUGAAGAACUCGUGGUCGUCAAAUUGGGCGAAUGAGGGCUACGGAUGGCUUCACGCGCCCUCCAACACGUGCGGUGUGCUGACGGAGCCCUCGUACCCUGUGCUCCGGGACCCCGACGUGGACCGCUUGCCGCGGGAGUCUUCCUCCGCUGACCCCGCCCCUCCAUUAUCAUCUUCACCAGCUCCACCAGUGGCCCCCGUGCCACAGCGCUCUAAAAGAACCUCCAGAAGGAGGUAUAGACUUAGCCUUCCUUAGAUAAUGUUUGAUGCGUUUUAUGUUUUUGUUACGAGAGAUUCUU